CUAAAUUAAGCACCACACCUAACCAGAUAUUCGAAAUGCAGUAAAAUUAAACCCAAAUUAGUAUUCCUCCUGACGCUUCAUCUGUAAGCAAUUCUAUGUUUAUCAAUUCUCAAAAGCUUACCCAUUUGACUGUGAACUAAAAUCAUCAGUAUUUGCAGACCUCUAACGGUCUCUCUCAAGGGUAUAAAGCAGACAGGCUCGACAGAUCCACAGCGAACUUGGAAAUUAAUCAAAGCAAGGAUGAGGCAGACAUGUUUGAUUCUUCCUUUAUUCUUCUUCUUGCUCUUUAUAACCCAACCGUGCCACCGGAUCCUGACCCAUGCAGCUGGUGGCGGCAGCUGGAAGCUCCUACAAAAGAGAAUUGGCAUAUCAGCAAUGCACAUGCAACUUCUCAACAAUGACCGUGUCAUCAUGUUCGACCGGACUGAUUUUGGUCGCUCAAAUAUAUCCUUACCCGAUGGAAAAUGCCGAAACGACCCCCAUGACACCGCUCUCAAGAUUGAUUGCACUGCACAUUCUAUUGAGUAUGAUGUUUUGAAAAAUUCAUUUCGACCACUUAUGGUUCAAACUGAUGUUUGGUGCUCUUCUGGUGCUCUAAUGCCAGAUGGUCGUCUGGUUCAAACGGGUGGGUUCAAUGACGGUGAGAAAAGGAUCAGAAUUUUCAAACCGUGUACAACAGGAUGUGACUGGCAAGAAUUUGAGAAUGGCCUGGCAGCAAGAAGAUGGUAUGCUACAAAUCACAUUCUACCAGACGGGAGGCAGAUUGUUGUAGGAGGAAGAAAGCAAUUUAACUAUGAAUUUUACCCAAAAGAUGCUGCAGCAAAUACAUACAGUUUGCCAUUUUUGUUACAGACAAAUGACCGUGGCAUAGAGAAUAAUUUAUACCCCUUUGUUCAUCUUAAUGUCGAUGGAAAUUUAUUCAUUUUUGCCAAAAAUCGAGCUAUAUUGCUGAAUUAUGCAAGCAACAAGGUGGUGAAAACAUACCCAGAAAUGCCUGGCGGCGAUCCACGGUGUUAUCCCAGCACAGGUUCAUCAGUGUUGCUUCCACUCAAGAACUUAAAAGCAGCUAAAAUUGAAGCUCAAGUUCUUGUUUGCGGCGGAGCCCCAACAGGGUCAUAUAUUCGAGCAGUGAGAGGCAAAUUUAUUAAAGCUCUGAACACCUGUGGCCGGAUCACAAUAACCGACCUGAAUCCACACUGGGUUAUGGAGACUAUGCCUACAGCUAGAGUCAUGGGAGACAUGACAUUGCUUCCCAAUGGCAAUGUGUUAAUCAUUAACGGUGCAGCCUCAGGAACCGCCGGGUGGGAACGCGGACGGAACCCGGUUUUGAACCCGGUCCUUUAUAGACCCAACAACAAAUUCGGGUCACGUUUUCAGUUACAAAACCCCACCACCAUUCCCCGCUUGUACCAUUCUACAGCAAUCUUACUCCGAGAUGGACGGGUGCUCGUAGGCGGCAGCAAUCCUCAUAUUAUCUACAAUUUCACAAACGUCCUUUUUCCUACAGAAUUAAGCCUGGAAGCCUUCUCUCCGUCGUAUUUAGAAGCCGGAUUUUCAAAUUUACGUCCAAAGAUUCUGUUUCCAGGCUCCCAAUUUAGGCUCCAACAUGGUCAAAGAUUAGCAGUAAGGUUCACGGUGAGCGGCAAAGUGACAAUAGACAAGUUGUCUGUAACAAUGGUGUCGCCUUCAUUUACAACGCAUUCCUUUUCAAUGAAUCAGAGAUUGCUGAGGCUUGAAAGUGACAAGGUGAAUGUUGUGGCGAAAUUGAAGUACUCAGUUCAGGUGACGAUUCCGACGACCGGAAAUCUUGCACCGGCUGGAUAUUAUCUUCUGUUCGUCGUCCAUCAAGACAUUCCGAGCGAGGGUAUUUGGGUCCUUUUAAAAUAACUUGUUAGUUCUAAGAUAUGGAAUAAUUUAUAAUUAUUGAAUUAAAUGGAAUAAUUAAUUCUGGCAGAAUUCGUAAAUUUUAUAA